AGCAUUUCCGGAUUGGAAGAAAGGUGGCGGCGCUUUGGGCGUUUCCCCACAGGAAUAGAAUGGAAGGAGAAUCCAGCAGACUGGAAAUUCACACUCCAGUUUUUGACAAGAAAAAGAAAAAGUACUCUGUAUAUAAAGAAGGACAUUUGAGGCAUCCCCAUGAAAGUGUCAGAGACUCCCCCCUGGCAAGCGAGCCGUCUCAUGUAACCAAGAGUAAGAAAAAAAAAAAGGAUUGCCAGCAUCUUCUUCCUUCCCCUUUGAAAAAAUCAGAAAUUGGUGGUGAGACAAAAAAGGCCACUUCUGUACCCAAAAAGAAUAAAAAGAAAAAACAUAGGGCUUCAGAGAUGGAUGAGGAAACAGGUGUGGUGUAUGUCUUGGUGGAUAAAGAAAAUAUCGAGAACACACCAAAGAAUUUUAGGAGGGAUGUCGAUGUCGUGUAUCUUGACAUGAGCCAGGAACAGAAGCCAGCAAAAGAGCCUGAAGCAGACGAACUGCAUUCAGUUCCUAAGUCACAUAAAAACGAGUCAGAAGAGCUGCAUCGUAAAGUUAGGGAGACAAAGAGCAGAAAACAUCGGAGGAAAGUGGCCUCCUGGGAUGCUGAGCAGGAGAGCCUGCGUGCAAGCCUCGCUCUGCCCAAGUCAGAACCACACAAGCAAGAAACCCUGCUUUCUGUGGGCCCAGGAGGUGGAAUCCCACAACUACCAGCAUCGGGCAAUAAAAAAAAGUCUAAGAAAAAAAAGAGAAAAAUUGCACAUCAUCAGGAACUUGAGGCAUUGCCUGGGCCUGAGAGUCUAGAGAGCGUGUACUCUGAAGGAUGGCAAGGGGUUGGUGAGGUCGGGACUGCAGAAGGCAGUAAGGAAGCCGGCCGUGUAAAGAAAAAGUCUAAGAAAAGGAAGCGAAGGUCUUCUCUUGAAAGUCCCGUAGCUCCUGGGGGUGAUUUUUCAGUGCCCGCAGAGAGAUUUGAGGACACACACCCUGAUUCACUGGAAGGUAAUGGUGCCCUGAUUGAAGAAAGAGCGAAACCCAGGCCACAGGAGGAGAAAACCCAGGCCUGUUUGGAAGAGGUGCAGAGGUUAGAACCUACAAAUGAAGAGGAAAGACAUUUGGAAUUGGCCAAAGAUUCUGAAACAAGAUAUUUAUCGGAAGACUCCAGAGAUUCGGGUGACUCAGAUGUGGAUUUAGACUCGGCUGUGAGGCAGCUCCAAGAGUUCAUUCCGGACAUCAAGGAAAGGGCUGCCACCACAAUCAAGCGAAUGUACCGGGAUGACUUGGGGCGGUUUAAGGAAUUUAAAGCACAGGGUGUCGCUAUUAGAUUUGGCAAGUUUUCUGUAAAGGAAAACAAGCAGUUAGAGAAAAACGUGCAAGAAUUUCUAUCCCUGACAGGAAUUGAGAGUGCAGACAAACUGCUGUACACAGACAGAUACCCAGAGGAGAAAUCUGUGAUCACCGACUUAAAAAGAAAAUAUGCAUUUAGAUUGCACAUUGGAAAGGGCAUUGCCCGGCCCUGGAAACUCGUCUACUAUCGAGCAAAGAAGAUGUUUGAUGUCAACAAUUAUAAAGGCAGGUAUAGCAAAGGAGACAUGGAGAAGUUAAAGAUCUACCAUUCCCUGCAUGGGAACGACUGGAAAAAGAUUGGCGAGAUGGUGGCUCGAAGCAGCCUCUCCGUUGCCUUGAAGUUCUCCCAGAUCAGCAGUCCAAGAAAUCAUGGUGCUUGGAGUAAGACGGAAACCCAGAAACUAAUCAAGGCCGUUGAAGAAGUGAUUCUAAAGAAAAUGUCUCCCCAUGAGUUAAAAGAGGUGGAUUCUAAACUCCAAGAAAACCCUGAAGGCUGCCUGUCUAUUGUUAGGGAAAAACUCUAUAAGGGCAUAUCUUGGGUAGAAGUAGAAGCCAAAGUAGAAACCAGAAAUUGGAUGCAGUGUAAAAGUAAGUGGACGGAAAUCCUAACCAAGAGGAUGACGAAUGGUCGGGAUGUGUACCGCGGAGUUAAUGCUCUGCAGGCCAAAAUCAACCUCAUUGAAAGAUUGUAUGAGGUAAACGUGGAGGACACUAACGAGAUAGAUUGGGAAGACCUUGCUAGCGCCAUAGGUGAUGUUCCUCCGUCCUAUGUUCAAACUAAAUUUUAUAAGCUGAAAGCUACCUGUGUUCCCUUUUGGCAGAAGAAGACUUUUCCAGAGAUUAUAGACUACCUUUACGAGACCACCCUGCCUCUGCUUAAGGAAAAGUUGGAGAAGAAGGUGGAGAAAACAGGCACCGAAAUCCAGAGUCCCGCGACCCCCAGGCAGGCCUUCCGGUUCAGAGACAUCUUCUAUCAUGACGACAGUGAGGGAGAAGGCGGGGAGAAGAGGCUGUCCAGAGACCCCUGUGGCUCGAGGAGGACAGGCAAGCAGCCUUCGAGAGGUGGGCUUGUCAGCUCCACGAAGGUGAGGGCUGUGCUGUCAAGCGGACGACCCCAAUUUAGAGUCUGAAAAGGGGAAAAGGUGUAUACAGUCUGUACUUGGGAGGACGUGAAGGAGGAAGAGCCGACCCGGAGAGAGCGCGUGAACUCACCUGUCUCAAAAGAAACAAGACGGAGGAACAAAUAAAAUUGUUUUGAACAGUCUUGCCUGUGUACAGUUUGAGUUUCUGCCCCAGUUCUGGUCAUUUGCACUUUUCAAUAGGCACGCUUUUCAGCUGCUAAACUUCAUUUGUGGACCUCAUUCCCCAGCAGAGA